AUGGCGGAUCUCUUCACGGCUGUCAGAAGUCGACCCUUGAAGACGACUACAACAUCAGAUGAUGAACCUGGAUUGACAGCAGUCAGGACAUCCAACCUACACCAGGAGACCACUCUUCCCUCAGCAGCUGGAUUUCCUAAAGACUCGUCUGAUGUGACUCUUCCCAGAAGCAAAGAUGCUCUCUUCCAGAUCAGAUCUCCCGAGGAUAUAUUGCUCCUCUUUCGAUCAGAGCCAGAUACCUCUCACCUGCUUGCCACGCUGAGCAAGCUCUCCGAGCCAGGCAGCGUUGGCGACUUCAACUUCUUCGACACUGGUCCUUUACAAACGCGGAUAACAAGCUCACUCGUCAACGAUAUCCUGCCAAAUUUCUGGCCCACACUGAAAGCCGAGGAACAACUACUUCUAGCGGCAACCCUACGGAGCUUGACUGGCAUCAACGCCGUCCUUGCGAAGCUUAAACAAACCUCACCAUCGGGACGAGACCGCAUUUCAGACAAUGGCCAGCAAGUCACAGUACUCAUAGACUGCCUCACUCUCAUCCUAUCUGGGAACGACACUGCCCUGCGGCUUUCUCAUCAUGCUGAUAAUGACCAGACAGAGCUUACUACCAAGCAACACCUCAUGGCCCGGGAACUCGCUACCUUACUUGGUUCAGGCAAGAUCGUCUCCAUUGUUGCACAAGCAACUGACACAGUCAAGCUUGAUCAUGGAAUGCCAACCUGGCUCGCAAAAGGAACGGAUUUUGCAGCUUGGCUUGGCCGCAACAUAGCAACCAUCUAUCAAUCGCUCGAUGGAGAGAUCGAUGAAGUGGCAAUGCGGGCAUAUGGUGCACAAGUCCUGACCAAAGCCUUGAAUAUUGGCUACCCGAAUGCGCUGCUUUGGGCAAUGAUACCACUCUUGAUCGACGACGAUGCGCAGAUGUUGGGCUAUAUGCUACAUAGUCUUCCCAUGCAUGCCAAGAAGCAGCUUCUAGAACAGCUACUGCGAUGGCUAUCUAGUCUGACAUCAUCUUCCGGCAUUGAUGUUGAGAAGGACCUCGAAAACGUUCCGUCAGUCAUGCCCUCAAUAUUCGGGUUCCUCAACGCCGUCGUAUCAGACGACUCCGCCGUCCAAAGGCAUCUUCAAAUCUUUCUCGCCGACCCGAUCCUCAGCUCAUCACUCACCUACCCUAUCCGGCAAGCCGCAACAUCAGCCCUAGCAACCAUAGCCCCAGAUUCAUUACAAGAUCUCCUCGAAAAGCUCAUGGCGACUUUCUCAGCCCGCCUCUUCAUCGAUCACGCCCCUGUGCUUCAGCAGGAAAGUAUAGCACAAACACUAUUACUGACUGCCGGCUACUUGCAUCGACACAAUCCAAUGGCCGUGUUAGUGAUUGCCAGGUCGUCAAGUCAUAUGCAAGGAACCAGCAAUCGACUCGAUGCGUCAGGUCAUCGAGCAAGAUGGCUUGGGAUGGUGGUCGCUAUGGCGGUGUCAUCUCUCAUUGAUAAGGGGGGAAGCAAGAUGAAUUUUGGGACCGACGAGGUACAAACUGAGGAAGCGGAGUGGUACAUGGGCUUAGUCACAGCGAAAGGAGACAUCGGUGAUCUUGCCAGGUUCAGAGAUAUGCUGCUAAAGACCGUAUCUCAGUCGACAAAUACUCACAGCAAGCCUGCCAAGAAACAGGCGAUGUCCUCCAGUAUCAAUGGAAUAGCAGUCUUCGGCCCAGCGCGACCUCCACGACCAGCACAGACAGAGGUGAUCGGAGAGAAGAUCACAGAACUGGUAGAAGAGGACUCCGACGAAGAUGAUGAGGACUUAAAACCCUACGCCAAACCGGACAGCGACGCAGAAGACAGUGAUGAGGAUGCUACCCUCGUUAACCGCAACAAAGCAAGACCUCCGGUCUACAUUCGCCAUCUCAUGGCCAUGCUCCGCGACGACGAAAGCCACGAUCGCUUCCAGCUGGGCAUGCAGCAUGCCGCACGCCUGAUCCGCCGCAAAGCAAACUUUGGCAAAGAAGUCAAAGACCAUGCCGAGGAGCUGUUGGGCAUCCUCUGCAACCUCCAAGAUCCCUUCUUCACACCCGACUUCGACGAGCUGAAGUUACAAGCCAUGAUAGCCGCGCUACUGAGCGACGUAGAGCAUAUUGGUCCCUGGCUAAGCCGGCAAGCCUUUGUCGAAGGCUAUUCGAUUGCUGAACGCUGUAUCAUACUCAGCGCGCUCGGUCUCGGGGGUCGAGAACUAGCAGGUUUCAAGAACGAAGACGAGCUCAACCCGACGAUCUCGGGGACUGACUUUGCGAGCACGCGUUUGCCCGCUCGUUUGCAUGCCACGUACACGGCCGAGCACAGUACUAGUACUAAGCUGAUCGAUACAGCCAGCAGGAAGAUUGAGGAUCAACUGAUGCAACCUUUGGCAUUGAAGGCUGCAGAUGUGACUACAGCCCAUCUCAAUGCUGUCAAAGUCCGCACCUUCUCCUCUCGGAUGGAAGUCGAGCGAACAAAACGCAAAGCACCCGCCAAUCAGCUCGCCAAAGUCUUCGGUCCAGCAUUCUUUGUCCCCUUGCUCAACCUGUAUCAGCAAGAAUUGGCUGCGUACGGAUCACGUAGCGUCUUCUCAUCCACGCAGAUCGUGUUGACGACCUUCUUGCGAACACUAGCAUUACUUCUCCACGCCAGCGGUCCAGCAACAAUGGCACUACCGCAGAUCACAACGGAUUUCUGGGAUCUACUUCUCAGCCUCCGCGUCCAGACCAUCACGAUCUUGCCGGUCCUUGAAGCCGUGCUGUUCGCUCUCCUGACAUUACUGGAAGUGAACACGGACAAGAGGCGUCUGGCGCAAGAGGAAGCCAAGAAAAUGAUAGAGACCCAGACCUGGGUUGAGAUGGUUUUCGAGCGAACGGGUGGAGGCGAUGGGGCGAUGGUUGGCGGUGGUGGCGAGGAGGAAGCGAAAGUACGAAGCCUGGCGGCGGGGGUGCUGAUAAAGCUCAGGGAGGUCGUGGAGGAGUAUCAGAAGGAGUUAUUUGGGAGGGUGAUCGACUUUCUCUAUCUGACGGCCCGGCUGGUGGAACCGAUGCCCAUCGGUCUGCCACUGGUCGGCAACCUGCCGGUCUAUGUCUGGAGGGGUUCAACAUUAUGCAGUCGAUGCAAGGACCUCGUGCUGCGACACCUCACCUUCACUGUGUCAACGGCACCACCCUGGUCCUGUGAGACAUUCGUCGAGGUCGAGGUCGGCUGCCAAUCAUUCGACCCAUCUCGCAAUGCAGGAUUAUGCAACGCACCGGAUGCAGAGCAGAAAGUCGAAGAAGCGGAACGUCAAUGA